AACCCCAACACUGAAUUACCAGAUGAUCAAGAAGGCUCUAAUAUCGAUUCCGAAGAGAAGAUUUCAGAUGAUCAAACAGAUGCAUCAGAGGCAGUUUCAGCUGAGUCACAUCUUCCUGUAUUUUAUGACUUUAAUUCUUCAAGUAAGACGAGUCCAGGCAAUACCUCCAAAACUGAGGAACUUCAGUAG